GGUGGGGGGAGUGGGCAGGGUCCGAGGACUUGUGGCAUUGCUCCCCCUUCAUCCCGUCUCGCCUCCACAGGUUGUUACCUCGGCCCAACCGCACUUUCGACUUCUGGUCGGGAUGGCGGUUGGUCCGGGCACGGACAACCCUGUGGGAGGGUCAGGGGCGGGAUGUCGGGUGGUGGCGGCUGUCCUCGGCCUGCGUGCCCCCGCUCCUUCCCGUCUCAGCUUUGUCCAGACCUCCUUUCCAUCGCGAUCUCAACCUCAGCUUUAUGCGGAGCUUGUGGCUUGUUUGGGGAUCGAGGGUCGUUCCCUGGAAGGGGACGCCGAAGAGGGUGACAGCCCCGUCGACCGCCGGACCCUGCUGCGCAACGAGGUGUUGUCCAAGGGUCGGGUUGCUUGAGAAUGUAGCCCCAAUCGGGUGGUAAGUCCCAUCCAAGGCUAAAUAUGUGCGAGGGACCGAUAGCGAAGAAGUACUGCGAGGGAAGGAUAUAAGAACUUUGAAAAGAGUGCUUGAAAUUGCCGAACGAGAAGCGGAUGGAGGGGAAGUCGUGCGCUCCCGUCUGGGCAGGGGUGGACGGCGACUGUGUUGUCGCCCCCCUUGUUGGACGUGGGGUGCCUGCCAGCAUGGGCUGCUGUGACCGGCAUUGCGGUGGGGAGCGAUUGAAACCCCCCACUGGUGGCCAUCACGAAAGU